UGAAAGAAGCACACAGAAAAGAAAGCAUAUAUAAAUGCCCCCAACUAAUUGCGGCCCUCUUCUCCGCGUUGUUUCCACCUCAGUCCCAGCAAGCUCCUUUACUCCUCAUCCGGUCGUCCCCUUCAUUCCUCCUUCCCCACCAAGCAGCCGAGAAGCGAAGCUGAAGCAAUGGGCGACCGGGCGUACGCGCCGGUCUCCAAGCCGGUCCCCGUGCGCGCCACCAACGGCGCCGCUAACGGCGUCGGCGGGCCGCCCCGGCCCGCGCCUCCUCCCAUGGUGCCCGGCCGCGUGCCGCCGCCGCCGAUGUACCGCCCCAAGCCCGCGCAGUCGCGCCCGCCGCCGCGGCGGCCCCGGCGGAGCGCGCGCGGGUGGUGCUGCGUGUGCUGCCUGUGGCUGACGCUGGUGCUGGUGGGGCUGGUGUUCCUGGGCGCCAUCGCGGCGGGGGUGUUCUACGUGAUGUACCACCCGCAGCUGCCUACCUUCGCCGUCACCUCGCUGCGGCUGGCGACGCUCAACGUCUCCGACUCCGACGCCGUCACCUCCCGCAUCGAGUUCACCGUGACGGCGCGCAACCCCAACGACAAGAUCGCGUUCGCGUACGGCGACAUCGCGGCGUCGUUCGGUGCGGACGGCGCGGACAUCGGCGACGGCGUCGUCCCGGGGUUCCUCCACCCGGCGGGCAACACGACCGUCAUCCGCGCCGCCGCGUCGGCCUCCGCCGCCACGGUCGACCCCGUCGUGGCCAACGCGCUCAGAUCCAAGAAGUCCCACGCCAUGUCCGCGGAGAUGGACUCGAAGGUGGGGUUCCAGAUCGGGCGGUUCAAGUCGAAGCGCAUCAACGUCCGCGUCCUCUGCGCGGGGUUCUCCGCCGGGGUCGCCAAGCCCGCACCCGCCCCCGCCCCGGAGCCGAUCGUCGAGGUCGCCGCCGCGCCGGCGCCGGUCCGUGGGCGUGUGCGGUCACCGCGGUCGGUCAUCCGGACCUCCUCCGGCGGCGGGAAGAUGACGACGACGGACGCAAAGUGUAAGCUCCGGGUCAAGAUCUGGAUUUGGACGUUUUGAUGGGGAGGUGGAUUUGGGCGGGUGGGGUGGGAUGGGGUAGAGAGAAAUUUCCUUUCAACUUUCUUCUCGCUUCUUCUCUUCACAGCAGUAGAAGUGUAUGUGGAUUUAUUGGAGUAUAGUUUAUAUGGUUUCCAUUUCGCCUUCUCCUUUUCCAUCCAUCCUCCAAAAUUUUCCAAUCUGCUAAAUUCAUGAUACUGCAAUUCAACACU